GCGUUCCCGAUGACUCUCGGCAGCAUGACUGCCACGGGGCGCUCCGCGGCGGGGUGCUUCUGCGCCUGCUGUGGGGCGAAGAUGGUACCACACUUCACGGAGAACGCCAUCGUGUCCCAGAACAAGAUCAAUCAGCUGUAGCCCUGAGCCGACAGACUCUGAGUCUGGUCCCGGGCCCUCGGUAACAGGAACUGAAGAACAGGCCGGGGGAAAGUCCAGAGUCUGCUCCUUGCGUCCACUCACCUGGCAUUUCUCCCAGUUGAUAUGGCAACAGGGGAGGAGUAGCAGGGAAGUCACACGCCGUUUUGUUUAUCAAGGAAGUGUUGGUCCUGGCAGGGCUGCUUGUGAUUGGCUGUCAGGUGUGUGUUUGUGUCUGCGAGCGUGUUUGUUUACUUUGCCCUCGGGUUCACAUGCUUGGUCAUGUGGACACUAUAAACAGUACCUGCUUGGAAGAAGUGGACUUCAAGAACUUUGCUUGUGUUUCAGGGUAACAAACAUGUUGAUUAAAAAAAAAAAAACACUGAAGCCAAAAGCCUAGAGAGGUGGGUGCUAGUAGGGAGAUAUGAGUGGGUAAGAAAUACGAUAGAACUCGAGAGAGACUUGUGACAUGGCAAGAUACCCAUGUAUUUUUAUCCUGACCCAAGGAAUGCUUUUCAGAGUAGUUAGACAAACUGGCUGUAAGAGGUUUACUUUGAUGGUAAGAGCAAAGCUCUGUAGAUGAGAGGAGAGACGCACCGACUCAUUCUCACCUUGUCGGCAUCGUAAGUACAGGUUUGUGUAAUGGCAGGUUUGCGCAGGAAGUCCUGUUUGCAAUCCCAAUGACAGAGGCAGGCUACCUUGUUCCAUCACUUUGGAAAAUGCCAAAGAGAUUUUUUCAAAGCGGAUACGCUCCUACGCACAACAAACAUGACCACGUUUACCGAAAGCCGUGAAGUUUGUGAGUUCUGGCAGUCAAACAAGGAAGUUUUGAGUGUUUGUUGUGAACUUUGCCAGUCUGUAGGCGUGGUGUGGAGCGGAAUUGUGUGGCUUCGCUAAUCUCUAGCAUUACACGGAUGUUUCCGUCUAAUUGUGUGUUUGCUCUCAACCCCAUAGAUCUGAGCAGCACCUGUCCUGAACGGAUUUGUGUGAACAAGUACUACAACCAGUAUUUAUGAAACUGCCCCCUGGAAACCUGGAACGACAAUAAGAAAACUAAAACAAGAAAACUUUGUAUUAUUUGUAUUGAGCAGUCGAGAGAAAGCUAGUCAAGUUCACUUAUCAUGAAUCUUUUUUACCAUUACACAGUUUAGGAAUACUGUAAGUAAAUGAACAAGAAUGACGUAUAUAUUUAUUUUCAGGAAAAGUAAGGAGUGGAGGAAUCUGUGUGUGUUUUGUUCAGAGCUGGGGCAAUGUCUUGUCAUUCAGUUGUCUUGCUCUUGGAUAAUUGCUGCUUAUUUUGGACGUAGAAGUGGUACAGGUCUAUUGUUAGAUGUGUAGGGUGGGUCCUGUUUAUUUUUGUUUGUUUUAGCUCGUUUCCACUGGUCGCCUGGGACCCGUGAAGAGCGCGUUAGCCCAAGGCCGAUCUUGAGUGCGGCUCCUUCACCUCCCGGUCCUCUUCCUCUUGACAGCCGAACCGUGUGCCUCCGUCUGGGGAAGUUCACCGCCCCCUGCCCCUCACCAAAAUAGCUUUGGCCCUCCCCGCCGGCUGAUCAGCUCCCUGUUUGGGCCAAUGGGGCGAUGGGCAGUGAGCACCAGAAUAGCCCCAGCCGCUCACAGGCCCUGCUCUUGCGAGAAAACUAGGAGCUUUUUUUGUCACGUCUCGCUCGAUCUGUAGUUCUCUGUAGUCUCUCACUUCUUUUGUUUCCUUCCUUCCUUUCUCUCAUCUCAUGUUUUCUCCUGUCACUCAUACCUUUUAUUUAAAUCUGUUACGUUCAUCUGAAGUCUCUCAGUCACUGUCCCCCCCCCUCUCCCCUCGGUUGAGUCCAUAUCUUUAAAGGUGACAGAAUGUAGCUCUCACCACCUCCCUCUGUCCACCUUAUCUGCACUCAUAAGGCCUUCUGUGAGCCUGGGACUAUAUUUAUCCUGCGCCAUAAACUGACUAAUAUGGGCAGGGGUAGGUGGGGAGGUCUCUCUCUCUCUCUCUCUCUCUCUCUCUCUCUCUCUCUCUCUCUCUCUCUCUUAGUGAAGAUACACGGUAGGAGGACCCGAGGGCCCCGCAUUGAUCAUUGUGUCCAUAUUCUGCCCUAAGAAGGACUACUGCCCAACUGUGGGUGUCCACAAAAUGACCUUCCCACCCCAGUGCAGGGGGAUAGGGGAGCUGGGAUAUGUGUCCUUUCGAUGAGAGAGCUUGCCCAGGCAGCAUCAACGAGAGCUUUCUGACGGUGAAGGGCGCAGCCCUCUUCCUCCCCCGCGGAAAUGGCUCCUCCUCUUCCUCCUCCUCCGUGCCACUCAUCCCCCAGCGGCGCAGCAAACACACAGGUGAUCUGCAGCAGCACCUGCAGACCAUGUUCACCGUGUUGCGCCCAGAAGACACCAUCCGCCUGGCGGUGCGUUUGGAGAGUGUGCACCCCCAGUGCACGCGGUACAUGGUGGUGGUCUCCACCAAUGGCAGGCAGGACACCGAGGAGAGCGUGGUGCUGGGCAUGGACUUCAGCCCUGCCGACAACUCGUGCUCCGUGGGAAUGGUGCUGCCCCUCUGGAGUGACACACUCAUACACUUGGACGGAGACGGGGGAUUCAGUGUGUCCACCGUCAACAGAGUCCAUGUCUUCAAGCCAGUUUCUGUCCAGGCCAUGUGGUCGGCCCUGCAGUCCCUACACAAGGCCUGCGAAGUGGCCCGCUGCCACAACUACUACCCAGGCAGCCUGUUCCUCACCUGGGUCAGCUACUACCAGAGCCGGGUGGCUUCGGACCAGGCCUGCAUCAACGAGUGGAACGCCAUGCAGGACGUGGAGUCGCACCGCGCCGAUUCGCCUGUGCUCUUCACCGACGUGCCUACGGAGAGGGAGCGCACUGAGAGACUGAUUAAGACCCGGCUGAGAGAGAUCAUGAUGCAGAAGGAUCUGGAGAACGUCACCUCCAAAGAGAUCCGCACAGAGCUGGAAAUGCAGAUGGUCUGUAACCUGCGCGAGUUCAAGGAGUUCAUCGACAACGAGAUGAUCGUCAUCCUGGGCCAGAUGGACAGCCCCACGGAGAUCUUCGAGCACGUCUACCUGGGCUCGGAGUGGAACGCGUCCAAUUUGGAGGAGUUGCAGACCAGUGGGGUGAGGUUCAUCCUGAACGUGACACGGGAGAUCGACAACUUCUUCCCCGGCUUGUUUGAGUACCACAACAUCCGUGUUUACGACGAGGAGGCGACGGAUCUGCUGGCGUACUGGAACGACACGUACAAGUUCAUCUCAAAAGCCAAGAAAGCGGGGGCCAAGUGCCUGGUGCACUGCAAGAUGGGCGUGAGCCGUUCGGCCUCCACGGUCAUCGCCUACGCCAUGAAGGAGUACGGCUGGGACCUGGGCCAGGCCUUCGACUACGUCAAGGAGCGCCGCGGAGUCACCAAGCCCAACCCCUCCUUCAUGAGACAGCUGGAGGAGUACCAGGGCAUCCUGCUGGCCAGUAAACAGAGACACAACAAGCUGUGGCGCUCCCACUCGGACAGCGACCUGUCAGAGCGGCACGAGCCCUUCUGCAAGACCGCCCACUCGCUGGGGCGCUCGGACCCCCACAACAACAACAACAACGCCCCCCCCUCCCUGCAGCACUUCCUCCAGGCCCAGAGCGGCCCCCCGCUGGCCCCCAACGGGCUCUGCGGCUCCUCGGAGAGCCUCCCCUCCCCCACCCUCCCGCCCCUGGAGGACCUGCGGGUCCCCGCGCGCCCCCGGCCGCAGGCGGCCACAGAGGUGCCCGAGGAGAGCGUGGACAACGCCCUGCUGACGGUGGCUGUGACCGUGCCCCUCGGCUCCCCCCACCCACCCCCGUCUCUGACCAUCCUGCCCCCUUCCUCCCCUCCUCCUCCUCCUCGCUCCCCGCCUUCCGCGAGCGAUGAGCUGAAACUGGAAUCUCCCGAGCUGCCGCCGCCUAGCGAGGACCCCUCGGGGCGGUCUGUCGCGGUGCCUGAAGAAAAAUCAGAGGGGCCGCAGACCUCCCCACCCUCACUCAGUCCAAUGACGAGCACGGAGGCGUCCUCCCUUGUCACAGGACCCCAAGAGCUGCCCACGCCAAUGCCUGACAGCAAAGAAGCUGAUGGCAACAACAGCGACACCCUGGAACCUCAGGAGACCCCAAUGCCUGUCAUCCCACAGGACCCCUCAGGCCCCCUGGAGCCAGGACCCGAAGCUAAGGACGACAACAACAACCCCAGCAGCGCAGAGCCGCUGGACGUCCCAGCCCCGGUCCCAGCCCCUCUCCUCAGUACCGACCGCAUCGACUUCGUCACCGCUCGAGAGAAGUUCCUGGGCCUGUCACUGGAGGGCCCUGCUCACGCGCAUUCUGAGCAGGCACCUCUUCAGCCGCCCCACCCCAGGGGCCCUGGCCAGGAGCUGCAGCCGCUGGAGGACCCCAGCACUGUGGCUAUGGCUGAGGAGGGGCAGUGUCAGGAUCAGGACCCUGCCCCCCCCACAGAGAGCGGUGACAGGGCGGGGGGCCCCAGGGCCCAGCAGGAGAACGGGGUCUCUGUCCGGCACAUGGUAACAGAACUGGAGUCCAUAUCGCACCCCGGCCCCGCCUCAGGCCAGCCCCAGCGCAGGAAGGAGGAGUUGGGAGAGGUGGGCGGGGCUGAGGAGGGGCCCCCAGAAGCGUCCUCGCCCCCCUCGCACCCGGACUCCCCCUCCACGCCGCCCUGCGAGUGCCCCUCAGGCUCCGUGCGCCGAGUCACAGAGCAGCUGGAGCAGAGGCUGAAACCCGCCCCCAGCCCCGCCCCUGCGGCCGAGCCCCGCCCCCCGCCCCGCCCCCGCCUCCACGCCGCGGGGAGCCGGGAGCCGCCCAAGGGAGACACGCCCUCGCCCGGGCCUCCCGGACCCCAGGGGGAGGAGGAGAAGGAGAAGGAUCUGGGGCGGGGUUUAAUGAGUGACACUGUCCCAGGGCCUUUCCUCCCUGUCUCUGACGAGGACGGUUCCGAGCCACACCCUGCCCCGUUGGACCCCCCCCUCUCCCUGUCCGUCCUGCAGCUGGAGGGCGUGACGGAGCAGGAGACCAGCACAGACGUGGUCCUGGAGACCCAGGGCACCCCAGAGGGGAGCAGGGAGGACCUGAUGGCUGACUUUCAGAGCCCAGUGGGCAGGGUGGAGGUGCUGAGGGGGCGGGACCCGGGCGGAGCCUCGGAGGUGGAGGCCCGGAUUCGGCAGGCGGGGCUGACACUGCCCUCCCUCAUGAAGCGCUCCGCCUCCCUGGCCAAGCUGGGCUGCCUGGAGCUCAACCCCGACGACCUGAGCGAAUGGGAGCCCGGCUCCGCCUCCCCGGACCCCCAGGAGCCCCGCCCCCAGCCCGCCCACGCCGGCCCGGACGACGCCCACAAAAAGCAGCGUGUGCUCCGCUCUGGCUCCGCCCCCUCCUCGCCCUCCUCGCCCUCCUCCCCGCCGUUCCCUGCUUUCGGGGCCCGCCAAAACCAGCCCUCGUCGCCCCCCUCUCCGCUGCCGGCUCCGCCCGGGCGGGGGGGCCUGGCCCGGGACGCCUCGGACUGCCCCCAGCCGCCCUCGUCCCCGCCCCUGGUCUCGCCGUCGGCGCGGCAACAGCACGGCAGGACGCACCCCCUGCGGCGGCUGAAGAAAAUGGCGGACAGAAAUCAGACGUACAGCUUCCUGUACAGCACCAUGUGACCCGCGCCCGCCCUGCGCAGGGCCCAGAGAGAGGGGACAGAACUGCAGUGGAACUGCUCUGCGGGGCAAUGCCACGUCCAGUCCGCACUGAACAAGCAAAACCACCCCGCUGUGUAGCGAGCACACAUUCAGGUACCGCUGUCCAAGCCAAGCGACCAACCGCCUUUCCCUUUCUGUUUUCCGAGGCAGACCGUCAACCGCCAACCGUCACCAGAGACACUGCGAAGCGACGGUUGGCGGGUCUCCCUGCCUCUCCGCCUCGCGCCUUUACCGGUGGUAGAGGCAGCAGGUUGCGUUUCGGCGACGUCCACCAGACCUCGCUGUGGUAACUCUCUUUACCCCCUUACCUCUUUAUCAACUGGAACGGGAGGCUCCAUCCAGUCACGCUGGUUCCAGCCGUUUUCCUGCUCGUUUGUUUCGGAAAACACCCUGAGCUCUUACGACUCGUCGUUGGCGGCCCCAGGCGGGGCUCUGAGGGCAUGGCUCUGAGGGCGUGGCUCUGAGGGCGUGGCUCUGAGGGCGUGGCUCUGAGGGCGUGGCUCUGAGGGCGUGGCUCUGAGGGCGUGGCUCUGAGGGGUCACUGCGUCGGGCCGCUAGGGCGUGGCGCUCGGUAUGUUUGCCUGGUUAGUUGCGUGUUAAAGACGUGUGUGUGUGUACGUGAGCGUGUUUGGGAUGCGUAGUCGUGUGUUUCGGGGUGUCUGUGUGUAGCUCCGUUGUCUUGACACUGUUGGUUGCUCUU